UACAGCAGCGUCUGACGCUCGCUCUCUCUGUGGCUUUCCACUGAGCUACCUAGGGAAACAGAGUUGGCAAGUUUUCCUCCCACGUGCCAUCCAUCCGUGUACUGUAUUCUACUCUGGAUGUCAGCAUGGCAUCUCCGGCGUCCGUCUCUAAAGUGAGUAGCUCGAUAGUAGUUGCUCGUGGUUCAACGAAUGAAACCGACUGGACAGUUAACUACGGGUUGUCUUACCUGGAACCGAACCCAGAGACCGCACCAGGGCAUGCGAUAGAUAGCAAGCGAGGAUACAAAGAUGUGUCGACAAACUCGGCAUCGGUGUCGGUAUCAACCCGCAGGUCUCCGUCUUACCAUGGGACGGACCCUCAUCGUCGGCGGAACAGCGGGCGGACGGGCGACAUUCUCUCCUUUGCCUUACGUCCUUCCGCCCGAGUUGCAAAAUUCAAACUCGAACAGCAAAGACUCGAAAAGACUUCCCGCUUUCGCAACUGCCGUCAUGCUCUCCAACCGCACGCAGUACGUAAAACAAAGACAACUUCUCUACAGGCAGAUUCCUCGUUGGCAAAGUUCACAGAUUUCUCAGAGUCUUUUUCGCCAUGUUCUUGGCGGGCAGGCAGACUCUCACGGUUCGCAUCUUUUCGUCCUGUCAAAAAGCGAGGCAGGAUCCGUUGCUUUUGCGCAAUACGCAAUGCGCCAAGAAUGAAGUCAACUCGAGCUUUCACGAUGGCCAAGUCCUGGUGUCCUAGCCAGCAUGUCUGUCUGGGCAGAGCUGGGGUUGACCUGGAAAAGCUGGGAAAGGGUAAUGCCUCUUCAGUCAUUGACCAUUCAUUCAUUGCGAUCCCUCUUGCUGAGAAAAAAGAUUGUGCGAAAAAAAAAAUCUGCUGGUCAGUUGGUCGCAAGAUGGGUACUUUCGAUUCGGUUAGAUUCCUGUCUGAAAAACUUUCAAGAACUUCGAACGGUAUGAACCGUAUAAACGGGAGGCGGCGAGAAACCCACCCCAUGACCAUGGGAGAUGUAGCGACGAGUAGCGACGAGUAAUAAAAGCUGAAGAGGAAGAGGAAAAGAUUUUUUCGUGCUGUGCAGUCAGCAGUGUGCUGAGAGAGAAAGUAAGCUAGCGCUGAGACUUUGUGGCGGACUGGUGGGCUUUGCUUGUUCGUUGUCUCGUCGUUCGGCGCUUCCAAGGUCCAG